ACCGUGGUUUCGAAAAGGGCCAAUGUCACUGUGUUAGUUUAUUGCUCCAUGGUUAUACAGUGUAUUAUGCGUAGGCCAAUGGGGAGUAAGUGUGCAUUUUAGUAGGCAUUGUUGGUGCAGAAAUGUCAAUUGGUUUUAAAGGGAAAUAAUACCGUUUGGUUCUUGGAACCGUUUUAGCGUUUUAAUGUUACAAAACUAUUUUAUGGUCCAGUAAUCCACACUUUCAUACUGACCAUCCUUUGUCCUCACCACUUUAUUCAUAUAGGUUCAUAGCCACCAAUUGAUUGGCUAUAAUUUUCCCGUUUUUUUUUUUUAGUUAGUGUAUCCCUUCCUUAAUCCUUUGCUCCUUUUUUUUCUAUAAAUGGAUAUGUAUUUGUUUGUACUUGUUUAUGCCUCUGAAGAAAGUCCGGUUUGGAUCGAAAGCUAUUAAGGUCAUCUACCCUACUCAUGUUAUAUAAUGUAAAUAUGGAUAUAUACAGUAAAAUAUAAUUAGGUUUAAACAAUGUAACUUAUAAUAGCAAUGUAUAAAUAAAUGUUAAUAAAACAAUAAUAAUAAAGGUAAACGCGAAUGACUGAAUGACCCUGAAGCGUAUUUUUGUCUAUACCGCAGUGCGGGGUUUUGUACUGUAACACUGCCAAUUUCUGUCUUGAGUAGGAGACUAUACGUUGCACUGCUUUUGAAGUAAUCCUCCAAUGGGGGAGGUUUGCAGAACGGCGUUUUAAUUAUAUGGAGUUCGGGCUUUCUUUCCCUUUUUGAGAUAAUCCACCAAUAGGGAACAUGUGCAUAAACGGCGUUGUUAGAGACGUAGUCUCAUCUCAAGACAGGAAUUGGCAGUGCUACAGUACAAACCCGUCGCUGCGGUGUAAACAGAAAAUAAUGCAACCGGCGUGUGUCCUUGAAAGGGUCAUGCUCUUUUGAGGAAAUGUCACGAAUAAAACAAACCAUAUAAACAAAUUAUAGGCCAUCAAUACUCACAAACUAUGAAACUAAUUAGUCCUAUGUGCUUGGUGUCAGGGCAAUUUUUCAAGGAAAUUACAGCUAUCUCGAUAAAAAAAUACGAUGCUUUUUAUUGAAAGCACAAGUCAUCACCAUAGAGGCCUAGCUAUCCUUAAAGAUAGGGACACCUUUGGUAAUUGUCAAAGACCAGUCUUCUCACUUGGUGUAUCUCCACAUAUGCAUAAAAUAACGAGAUAGCGAAGUUGCGAGAUAAUAAUGAAAGAAAAAACACCCUUGUCACACAAAGUUUACUGCUUGAUCGUUGAUUUCUAGACUUCACGCGUGAGGUCUCGAAAUCAAUUCACUAUUAUUUUACUGUGAAAUUACUUCUUUCUUAAAAACUACGUUUCUCACAUAGUUUGAUGUGAUUAACACCUAUCCAUUGCUUGUUUACCAAGUAAGUUUUUAUGCCAACAAUUAUUUUGCGUUAUUACCAAUUGUGUCCAGUGCCUUUAAAUCAUUUAGGCCUAGCUAUCCUUAAUAAAAUGUAAUGUUUUAUUCACUGUUUUUCCUCUAAGAAAGUAUUAAUAAUAAUCUGUGUAAAAAGCACUACCUAUAAUGGUUGGCUAGUAUAUUCCUCACUGUUAAGGCUUUUAUACCUGUCAUUUUAAAGUGCAUUUUAUAUAAAAAAAAAGUUUCAAUAAUUAACUUUGCAUGUUACAAAGAAAGAGCUACAUAUUAUGUCUGUUGAUCCAAUACACAUGACGUCAUCAUUACAAUAAUCACUGUUGCUUCAUUUUGGGGAAUCAAUGGCCCUUCAGCUUCGGCUUUGGAUUCGGCUUCAGGUUCCGUCCACUCGUCUGAAGCCCUGAGCACGUAUGCAAAGCACGCGCAAUUGCAGAAACAACUGCGAGCGCCAAGCUCGCCUGAGCUGAACUAAGCCGAAACCGUGGUUUCGAAAAGGGCCAAUGUCACUGUGUUAGUUUAUUGCUCCAAUGUGAAAUGUGUAAAAAUGUUGCGCACGUUCGAAUGUAAUAAAACCAAAUUUAAUUUAAAAUCACACACCCAGAGGCUACUUGGAGUUACUAGAUCAGGGCAGGGGCUGGGGGAGCGGGCUGGGGUUGGUCCAAGGUGUUUGCGUACGUCAUCCCAUCCAAUAGCUUCUUUGGAUAAGGCGCUGGGACCAAGCGAACAUUUUCAUUCGGUGACCGAAAUGUCCCCAUGCGUGUAUGUACAUUUUCUCAAAUACCCAUUGAGAAAGUGCUAACUGUUGAAUGAGGUGCACCUGAUGGUCUAGCUAGCGAUCAAACUUGACUGUUAGCUAGACCAGCAUGCAACUCGUUCAACCCUUACGGCUGGCCAACCGAGUAUUUGCAAUAAGGUCUAUGGCAAGAGCGACACGCACCCCUGAAGGAGAGUCUGUCUUUCAGUAGAUAUAAUCCUUCCCAUUCCGGAUGUAUGACGUCACUGCCUUGACACAGCCGGGGCCUACUUUCGAUUUUAUUUUAAUAUUGUUAAAACAAAAUAAUACAGGAAUCAAUCGGUUCAGUGCAAACCGGAGACCAUGUUUGACAGGAAAGCCACUCACAGUAUGGUACAUCACAAACAUUGCGGUUUUCCUUUUUGUUUCGUUCACAACAAUUUGUCACUGCAGCGAGUAUGGUACUGUGCAAAGCUCAUAAAACAGCACCACCAUCAUUUUGAAACUUUGUCUUUUAGAAGAUGGACUCCAUUGUGUUUAUGUCAACACUUUUGGUGACGUCUGUGACACGGACAACGACACUGACGAUCGAGGUGGCCAGUGACAGAGUGACAGUUCGAGAAGGUGAACCGCUAAAUUUAUUAUGCAGCUUUACAUUAGAUGGCCAAGGUAUACAGGAAGUUCGAUGGUACCGAGGCUCGAUCCAGCAACCUUAUGGUUCCAUUGAUGUUUCAAGCUGUGGUGUUUCCCCUCUGUUAUGUCCUAUGGUAAACACCACAGACAAUCGUGGAGUUGUGCAAUUCACAAGAGGUUUAAGAAUGCAAGCAACAUUUAUACUAUUGAUUGAUCAUAGUUUAGUACGCGACAACACAAUGUUUUCAUGUGGUGUGCAGAAAAUGUUAGGUGGCUUCCAAAGUUCUGCCAAAUUGAUAAGAGUGACUGUUCAGCAUCUCCCAGAUCCAUCUUAUCCCAUGUGUUUAAGAUCCAACUCAUCUACCCUAACAGACAUUCUCUCCUUGUCUUGCUGGGCUGAAAUAACCCAGCCCGUGGUUUCUCUAGAAUGGACAGUGGAAGGAAAUAGUUCUGACCAAUUAUCAUUUACCAGCAGUAGCACAGAGACUGACGAAGACAGAGUUGAAAACACUCUGUUCUUCAACGAGACAGGGAUUCCUUCUGGCAGCUUAGUCUUCACUUGUCAUAUGACGAGUUAUGCGUUUCCUCAUAUCCAGCGAAACUGUUCGAUUGGACCCAUCCCUGUCCCCGGUAAGCAAACUACUGCAGGUAUCCUGUCUUCUCCUGAGCAAACUACUGCUCCGCAGUCUCCUGACCAAAUAACUGCUAGUACUGUGCCAGAACCAUCAAAAACAGCAACCCCGCGGAAUGAUCCCAAACUGAACACGGCAGUCAUUGCAUCUAUUGCGUCAGCUAGUGUCGCCAUCAUCGUUAUACUCCUGGUCAUCAUCGCGUUUCUCGUCUCCACAAGACGGGAAAAAAGUGCAGCUAAACCACAAAAUCUCGGCAUCCGACUAUCCCUUACAAACACAUCUCCGAGAUCAAAUACCAGCCUCUAUGCCAAUCAAAGCGACCCAAUCUACGCCAAUCAGAACAACACAGCGAUCAGUUCCAGCAACCAACGACCGGUGACUUUGGAACCUCGACCGGGGGACGCAACAGCGGAUUCCCCGCCCGUCCUGUAUGCCGAAGUUCCAUCGGACAACAAAGUAUCGUAUGUUCAAAGUGCAGAGGGUUACUCGUACGCAGUGGUAUCCAAUGAAGAUGGAUGCCGCGAGAGUACGGCACUUGAAGAUCAACCCAACAUGGGGCAGCAGAGUCCGGACCCACUGGAGUAUUAUACGCUUGAACCAGGCGACCGACAAAUGACACAUGGACGAGGGCCCAAGACUAUCGAUGACCAGUACGUGUAUGCUGAGGCGGCCAAAGGUCAAGGGUUGACGUCUCUAAGGUCAUCCCAGCUGGACAACGAAGAUGCCAAAAUGGUGCACAAUAUCUUGUAUGUAUCAACCAAUGAGUAAAGACACCGACCAGUCAUCCGGCCAAUCAAAGUGUGUAUACAAACGCUUCGAGGUAUUAUUAGACUCGAGAUGUUACAGUCUGGUAUCCUGUCGUCUAUAAUGUCGUGCGUACUCGAACCUUUCUGGAAACCGUAGUGUCCCCUGCUGUCCCCUCGAUUUAAUAGACUUCCGGUGCAUUCGGUGCCUUCUGAAGACCAAGGACAAAACAAAACAGGGGGAAAUAAAAGGACUCCAUAGGGAAAUUCUAAGGACCCGGGUUGCUCCACAAGACAUGUGAAGUCUAAUGAUAAAUCUUAAAACACUGGGACGAUUUUAAGAACAAAAGAUGUCUCCACAGGGAUGCAUACUAAUUGAGAAUGUGUAUGAUCGUGUACAUAAUGCAUUCAACCCGGGGAUAGUCUUUCGUCAAGGCGCACGCGGCACCCCCAGAUGUCAAGCACGGACCCUAGAUAUCACGCACGAAAAAAGACCAGCGCGAGCGGCGGAGCCGCGAUAUCGCCGCUCGUGCUGGUCUUUUUUUCGUGCGUGAUAUCUCUGGGGGUGCCGCCGCCGCGUGCGCCUUUACUAAAGGCUAACCCGGGGAGGGUCCCGAUCCGGAAAAGGUCCACAGUUGGAAAACGUACACAAA